AUGGAGCCGUUAGAGAAUGAAGAGUUGUUCGCGGGCGAAGCUGCUCUAAUCGCUCAGCAGACUCUGUUCAGGAACACCGGUGACACAACAGACUCCUUGCAAGUCCACAAUGAGCCUCUACUUGCCGACGACUCCGACCACGAAUGGACGCGCGAUGUGCAGCAGGAGCGAGAGAUCUGGUGGUUGCUCCCGUUCGGCUUAAUGUAUACGUUGGCCCUCGGCGGUGUCGCUGUACCUAAGGUCAACUUGAUGAUGUCUCUCGUGUGUCGCGACUAUUUCGCCGAACAAGCAAAGCUGAAUCCCGGCUUUAUCAAUCCUCCGCUGAUCCCUGGGAGAAACAACCCUCAGUGUCACAUUCCCGAAAUUCAAGCUCGGGUAUCUCGCUUUCAGCUUGCAGUCAACCUGAUUGCUGGUAUUCUCUCCGCCUUGAUCAGUCCUCAGCUCGGCCACCUGUCAGAUCGAUACGGCCGAACCAGGCUACUGGUUGUGUGUGGAUUCGGCGCUGCUUGUACCGAGUUUAUCUGCGCCCUGUUAGCAACAUGGCCCGCCACGAUGUCAGUGUACUGGUUCCUUUUGGGGGCCGCUAUAGACGGACUGUGCAGUUCGUUUACCGGCACGCAAGCGCUAGUCAACUCCUACGCAUCCGAUUGCACUCCGCCGGAGCGUCGAAGCGCUGCAUUUGGCCUGUUUCAUGGCUCGUUAUUUCUAGGAAUCGCGUUGGGGCCUAUGAGCGCAGCGUUCCUCAUUGCACACCUCGGAUCUUCCAAGGUGGUCUUUUAUAUCGGAUUUGCCCUAUUUGCAAGCUUUACAUUGGCCCUUCUCCUUGUUGUACCUGAGUCUCUCUCCAAAGAGCGGCAGCUUGCUGCACGUGCUAGACACCAUGCCAGACCUAAAGACCCCGAGGCUUCUCACUGGUUCUCACCCAAGAACUUAAACCCAUUGAAGCUCUUCGCCCCACUUCGCGUUCUAGUUCCGGCGGUUGGUCGGCCCAGUGAACUGUUCCCAGGUAUUGUAGGCGCUAACGCUGGCGUGCGCCGAAACAUUAUCGUCCUGGCAUCGAUGGACACGGCUCUGUUUGGAGUCACCAUGGGUGUCUCACAGGUGAUUGUUCUGUACUCCGAGAGAAUGUUUGGCUGGGGAGACGUUGAAACGAGUCUUUACGUGGCCAUCGUCAAUAGUGUGCGGGUUGUCAACUUGUUUGGAGUUCUGCCUCUUCUUUCCAAGCUGUUUCGAACACCAGUCAAAGACGACGGACAUAUUCACGGAUGUGAUAUGCUGGAUGUUGUCGUCAUGCGAGUUUCAGUUUGUUUUGAGAUCAUUGGCUUCACGGGCUAUUCGCUAUCCAAGACAGGCCGUGCUUGGAUUAUUUCGGGUGCUAUCAACUGUCUCGGUGGCCUAGGGUCACCAACAGUGCAGUCCUCGAUCACCAAGCAUGUGCCGAAAGAAAGCGUUGGGCGUAUGCUUGGAGCUUUAGGCCUUUUGCACGCCCUGUCUCGUGUCGUUGCUCCUGCCAUUCUAAACCUUCUCUACAGCUUCACCACGGUCUUCAUUGCCCUUGGAUCUGUGUUUGGUGUGGUCCUUAUCCUAAGUUUAUUUGUUCGACCUUAUGGUAUGCCUAAUCCUUAUCAAACAGCCUGGACUUUGAGUAAUGCUAAUCUGUCUACAGUCAGCUUGGAAGAUGACGGGGAUGAGCCAGACAUGCCAGCGGAGGCAAACGAAGAUGGAGAAGAUGAGGAGGAUCAAUUAUUGAGAUAA